ACGUAUUUAUACUCGUACGUGGAUGCGGAGGUUGACGAUGGAGUUUGGAAUGUGCACGUUUCUGUGAGUGUAUUCUAUUCAGAGUUCAGGGUAUCUGGUAUGCAUUCCAUUGGUGGCAACGGUUUUGAUUGACAAAAUGUAAUCUAUGUUUGGGGGCUUCUUUGUCGUCGCAUGCCAAUAUGCCGAUUGGAAGGUGGACAGUGAUGUGGGGAUAUUAUUUGUC